GCGUCGCGGGCUCCGGUUCCUGCUAGCUGGCCGCAGGCGCCGAGCUCGGGAUCCGACUCGGGGAGGGAUGGAGGCGGGCGGAUUGGCCGACUCGCUUCUUUCCGGAGCUUGCGUGCUCUUCACCCUCGGCAUGUUCUCCACCGGCCUCUCGGACCUCAAGCACAUGCGGAUGACCCGGAGUGUGGACAGUGUCCAGUUCCUGCCCUUUCUCACCACGGACGUCAACAACCUGAGCUGGCUGAGUUAUGGGGCCCUGAAGGGAAACUGGACGCUAAUCGUCGUCAACGCCGUGGGUGCUGUGCUUCAGACCCUGUAUAUCUUGGUGUAUCUGCACUACUGCCAUCGGAAGCAUGCUGUGCUCCUUCAGACUGCAACCCUGCUGGGGGUCCUUGUCCUGGGUUUUGGCUACUUUUGGCUCCUGGUGCCCGACACUGAGACCCGGCUUCAGCAGCUGGGCCUCUUCUGCAGUGUCUUCACCAUCAGUAUGUACCUCUCACCACUAGCUGACUUGGCCAAGGUCAUUCGUACUAAAUCGACCCAACGUCUCUCCCUUUCACUCACCAUUGCCACCCUCCUCACCUCUGCCUCCUGGACGUUCUAUGGGUUUCGACUAAAAGAUCCCUACAUUGUGGUGCCCAACCUUCCAGGAAUCCUCACCAGCUUCAUUCGCUUCUGGCUUUUCUGGAAAUACCCCCAGGAGCAAGACAGGAACUAUCAACUUCUACAAACCUGAGGGAGUUCACCUGACCACUGGGCACCUUAAUGCCAACAUACUACCAAAGAAACCUUGUUUCAGCUCUUCCUGCUGGUCACCUCCACUGGUGAAGUGCGUUGUGGUAAAGGAAAAGAACUGCUUUGAGAAUCCAGGGACUAAAGAAAGGGCUUUACUUAGAAGACUGGAUGGAACCUGGGAGAUGAAUCACUUUUUUUUUUUUCAAGAUUUUAUUUUUUAAUUUGGGAGGUCGGGGGAAAUCUUUAGAAUGUGCCUUAAAAUAAACUGUUCCCUACCCCUUGCC